GCGGCGAUGGCGGCGCGGGGCCGGUGCCCCGAGUGCGGGUCGGAGUCGCUGGUGGAGGACGCGCACUACGCGCAGCAGCAGCUGGUCUGUGCUGCGUGCGGCUGCGUCCUGUCCGAAGGGCUCCUCACCACCACCUACACCGACGAGGAGCAUCUGCGGGAGGUCGCCUAUUCCCAGAGCACUGGCCAGAAGGAGCAGCUGAGCCGCUGCCUGCAGCGAGGGAUCCGGCGAGUCCAGGACCUCUGCAAGGUGCUGCAGCUGCCAGCCACGUUCGAGGAGACGGCUGUGUCCUACUUCCAGAGGGCUCUGCAGCUCCCUGCCUUCCACCUGGUCAGCCUGGAGAAGAAGGAGCUGCUGGGGGGCUGCUGUGUGUUGGUGACGUGCCGGCAGCACCGCUGGCCGCUGACCAUGGGCACCGUGUGCUCCCUGCUCUACGCCAAGCAGGAGCUGUUUGCCAGCGUCUUCCUGAGCCUGCAGAAGGAGCUGGGGCUCUCAGUGCCCGCCCUGAGCCUGGCAGACCUGGUGACAACACACCUGAGCAGCUUCCGGCUGGUGCAGCCCACGGCCAGCGUCCCUGCGCCCUUCCUGGAGGACAAGGAGAAGCUGCUGGCCAGGACCAUGGCCAUUGUGGAGCUGGCCAGUGAGACGUGGCUGGUGACGGGCCGGCACCCCGUGCCCGUGGUGACGGCCGCGGCGUUCCUGGCCUGGCAGUCGCUGCGGCCCGGCCCGCGCCUCUCCUGCCCCUUGGCACGGUUCUGCCGCCUGGCAGGGGUGGAGCUGCCCCCCCCGGCCCACCUCAGGCUGAGGGAGCUGCUGGAGAUCCUGCUGGGAAUGGCCUCCCAGCUCUCCUGGCUGCGAGCCUUCCGCCUGGACAAGAAAACGGUGGUGAAGCACAUCGGGGACCUGCUGCAGCACAGGGUGUUCCUGCUGAAACACGCCUUCAGCCAGCAGGAUGGGCAGGAGCAGCAGGGCACGGGCCUGGGCCUGGGCUCUGGGAGCCAGGACUGCCAGGACUCUGGGAGCCAGGGCUGCCUGGGCCAGGAUUCUGUGAGCCUGGGCUGCCUGGAUAAGGACUCUGUGAAUAAGGACUCCCCCAGCCAGGGCUGCCCAGGCCAGGAUUCUGAGAGCCAGAGCUGCCUGGGCCAGGGCUCUGUGAGCCAGGGCUCCCUGGAUAAGGACUCCCCAGGCCAGAGCUCCCCAGACCAGGAUUCUGAGAGCCAGAGCUGUCCAGCCCAGGGCUCUGUGAGCCAGGGCUCCCUGGAUAAGGACUGCCCAAGCCAGGGCCCCCUGGAUAAGGACUGCCCAAGCCAGGGCCCCCUGGAUAAGGACUGCCCAAGCCAGGGCUGCCCAGGCCAGGGCUCUGUGAGCCAGGGCUCCCUGGAUAAGGACUGCCCAAGCCAGGGCUGCCCAGGCCAGGGCUCCCUGGAUAAGGACUCUGUAAAUAAGGACUCCCCAGGCCAGGGCUGCCCAGGCCAGGCCCCCCUCAGCUCUCCUGCGCUGGCACAGCAGCAGGGCAGUCCCUGGGCAGGGAAGCAGCAACGUGGGGGCACCCUGAGGCCCCUGCUGCCCCCCUGCCUCAUCCACCCCAGGAAGAGGCUGCGGGCGGCGGCUCCGAGCGCUCCGGCCGUGACGGGCGACGAGCCCAUCUCGGACAGCGAGAUCGAGCAGUACCUGCGCAGCCCCGAGGAGAUCCGUGCCUUCAGCAAGGCCAAGGCGUGGCUCUGAAGGUGGCCGUGGCCCAGAGGGACAAUUUGGGGACCAGAAGUGUGGAGCCCAGCGUGAUUGUGCUGCAGGGAGCAGGGAAUGAGGCUGUGGGGAGGGAGCAGGCUGUGUUCUCCUUAAUGUGCUGGACCAAAAUGGGGCUUUUGAUGGAGUGACUGCUUCAGGUCGUGUUACAUUCCUGUUAUGAGUAAUAAAAGUGCAGGUGCCAGGUUUUCCAGGGCAGCCU